AUGGAUCACAACACCGAUUUUCCAAAUCAUCCACUGCGUCGUCGUCCAAGGCAACCCUCAUCUUCGUGGUCAGCAGCAUCGGUGACGGCUCGGAGUGGUAUUGAUGCCUUAACAGAUGGCGAAAGGCGGUGGUGGAAAGUUCGUAGAACCGCAGCAAUGGCGGAGCACCAGAACCGUUCUUCUUCACCCACGAAAGGCAGCAGCGACAGCCAUGGUCCGUCUUUGUCGGAAAUGGAACAGCGCCCCCUGAAUAUCUUGCCGUUAGCAGCGGUUCACGGUGGACUUUGGUGGUUGAUAGCGACGGCUGAAAGGGCGAGUGUAGUGAGGGUGGCGGCUGGAACAUGA